AUGAACAGAUACAGUGUGGAGGAUGUAUUGCGUUUGCUUCAACAGAACACAAGACCACAUUCUGGAACAAGAGCUGAAGGAACUGGUGCCACUGAGCGUCCUUUUUUCCUUCUCAGUUUGUUCUCACCGAAUUCAUUUCCAAGACAACAACGAAACAAAUUAGAAGACAAAUAUGACAAAGACGAGUUUGAUAAUGGUUAUUCAGCAAAGAUCAGCGAGAUUUCAUCAAACAAUGCUGACAAUUCACUACUCAAUUCCCAGCUGAUUGAGAAAACGUCCAUUCGUUCUGAGAGACUUCUAGAUAGUAUUUGGUUCAAAGAUCAAGAAAAUUCAAAAAUUAAAGAGGAAGAAGAAAUACGGAAUGUUUUUCGGAAUGAGGAUGAAGAAGAAGAGGACCUAGAAGUAGAUGGAGAUAAUUCAUAUAUUUCAAAUCAAGCUUCAAUGUGUCCUUGUAAUUCAAAAGAUUGUCCAGUUAAUUUAUUAUUAAUGGGAAAUCCUAAGAAACUAAAAUGUAUUUCACAAACUAAUAAUAGGAAAAAAGAAAUUAAAUUGAAUGCCUUAGCACAGGAAUCGGAAUCAUCUGCAGAAAACUCUGAAAAAUCAUCUCAGACACAAUCAUUUGAUGCCACUGCGAUUCAUCAGAUCAAACCGCAAUCCUCCAACAUUUGUACCAACGAAAAAACACCAGAUACUAUCUUAACUGAGACAGCAGAACAAUUAGAAAAUGAAGAACCAAUGAAUGACGAUAAAAUUUCUCAGAUCAACGAGCCUGAUCCAAACAGAGAUCUCAGAAAUGAUAAAAUGAUUACGCAACCCAUUUCUGACGCAAUUGGAUAUGAAGUAGAAAAAGAUAAACAUAAAGAUACAAAUAGCACAGAGAAUACCCCAAGCAUGACAAAUCUCCCAACCUCAGAAGAAAUCCAUAUAAAGGAUGACUCCGAAGGAGCUGUCGAGGAUGAUGUUGAUGACAUCGAUGACGUACUACUGGACGAAGACGAAUUUGACGAAAUCUAUGAUUAUUAUACUUUUGAUAAUAUUUUACCAGAAAAUAUACCAGGGUCAGUAAAGAAAGUAUUCAGUGCAGGAGGGGUUCGUGGGAAAGAAGGGCGAUAUAGUAAGGGAAUUAGCCAAUAUGCCAACCUUCCAACAUUUAUGGAGUCCAUUUGGAAGUUUGCCUCUGACAACGGGUUUGAGCUCGAGGAUGUAAUUCCCGAUGGUAACUGUAUGUUCAGGGCAGUUGUGGAUCAGUUAAAUGUCAACGGUGACUUCGGAUAUACUCCACAGUCUUUACGUUUAAAAGCAGUACGAUUUUUACGCAAAAACCCAUGUCAGAGUGAUGGAAGUAGGUUAGAGGCAUUUUUGUCAACGGAGACAUGGGAACAGUAUUUGCUAAGGAUGGAACAGAAUUCUCAAUGGGGUGAUCACAUGAUACUGAAAGCCAUUGCCGACGCACUAAAUCUCAUUGUGAUUGUUUUCAAUGUCUUCGAGGACGACAUUCGAAGGACAGAAAUCCUACCAGAAGGUACUCCUAUCACAAAACGUCAAAGACUUACAAUAUAUCUGGGACACAUUGGGGAAUUCCACUACCUGAGUUUACGGGAAUACGACUGGGAGAUUUACUGGCCUUUCAAAUCUUUGAUAAGAAGGUACCAAGUCUUCAGAAAAAUGUCAUCACCUUUGUCGACCAAGAAAGAUAUUCUGGAAAAGAUAGAGAAUAUGGGAAUAGAAAAGUUCUUACAGCGUGCAGGGUUGAAGAUUCCUCAUCAAGAAGAAACUUUGGAACAAUUGACGAAUUCACUCCCUGAGUCUGUCGACCUACUACCUGAAAAAAACAGAACGUUUGUUAAAUAUGGCUUAGCCAAUCUUCAAUUGCAGGAAAAUAAAGAGUCAUUGGAGUCGCUACUUGUGCAAGGUCAAGGAAUCGAUCCUUUGACUGGACUACCUUUACCGCAUUUUUCCUACAUAAUAAACUACUUACUAGAUUUUCAACAAAUAACAUCCGUGGUACGUGUAUUUAAGCAGGAUUUGUUUAAGGAAGGAACAUUUCCUGGGUUUAAGUCUCAAAUGCAUGGUGCUUCAGUAGAGGAUGUAAACGUUUGCAUGGUAGAUUGUACCAAGGAAAAGAAAAUGCAGUAUUACGAAGAUGUAAAAUCUUUAAACUUUGCCACCAUUGUGAUGUGCAAUAUGAAUUUUAAUGUUAUUUACCUUGACGAUGCAAAUACAGACAAAACACUUCUGACAUUAUCAGCGGACUGCAAGAAUACACACGCAGGGUAUUGCAGACUAAUUCCUGCAUUUCCACUUGAUGACGUCUUGAGUAGCUUACUGUAUCGCAGAAACUCAGAAGUGUAUCUAAAAAAGACGCCUUCACCACCUUCUGUACAGGGUGAGCUAGGUAGCUGUGAAAGUAAAAAAAUAUUAUAUGGUUAUCACUGUAAUUGCUUUCCUAAAUUAGCUCGACGGUGGCACUCUAGGCAAAGAAAAUGCAAAUGGCCCUCUGACGAUAUAAUUGAAGAAAUUUUAUCAGGCGGUUGCACACUUAUACAAAGAGCCCAUCCAGAAAGCGUUCUUCCGGAAGUUGAAUGGAAAUUUGUCUUUUCAAACGCGGAUCAAAUUCUCUUAAAGAAAGCACUUUGUCCAGUUCAGAAGAGCGUGUUUAGAUUGUUUAAAAUUUCCGUAGAGUACCUUACUCGCCACCUUGAUAAAACACUUAAGCAUAAGCAUUUGAAGAAUGUUUUCUUUCAUGCCAGUGAAAACAUCAGAAGAGAAGUAUGGGAACAGAAUGUCGGUGGAUGUUUGUUAUUUAUUGUUGGCUAUCUUUUAGAUUGUUUGAAAAACCGAAACAUACCACAUUACUUCAUACCUGAAAAUAAUCUUAUUGAUUAUUAUUCAGAAAAAGAAAUUCAAACAAUAGCUACGUACAUCGAGGCAUUUCGAGUUUUACCUAUUCAGUGUCUUCAAAAUAUGUACAACAGGCAUGGCUGGAAACAUGUCUUCAAACCAGCCCUCGGAGUUUUAAAAGACUGCAAACACUUCUCAGAGACUCGAGAUAUACAUCAUGCAUGGCUCAAUGUUUUCCAUCCAACAUCUAUGAAGGCAGUAACGGGUUUUGCUAGUUUUGGAUUAUAUGAAGCAGCAUACCAAUAUAUUUGCGAAGCAUAUGAUAAACUAAAUCAAGCGCUCUUGUCGGAGACACCGUCAUUCGAACAGGUAUUUCAGGACGCUUUGAAGUAUGUUAAAACUAGUGCUUCUCGUGAAGCUUUAGAGAAAUUGCAUAACGAAAAAUGUGGUAGAUGUUCUCCAAACAAUAAACAAAAUUCUAGAGAUCACAAACCCAUGAAUAUCAGUGACGUCAUGCCAUUUAAGGUAGAUGAAAGAAUCAGAGAUCUUAAAAUCCCAGGCACACAUUCCAAAGUUCCGGAGUUGAUCACAAAAUGGAUGGAUUCAAAAGCACGUAAAUAUUAUAUGGGUGGAAAUUUUGAAAUGGCAGAGGUUCUACUUCAAACAGAUAUAAAAUACAUCAAACACCUUCUGAAAGAGCAAAAUGAUUUUGACAUAAGCGAAAUUGAAGACAAAAAUCUCCGAUCAGAGAUUGGUCAGCAAAGAACAGAAAGAACAACAAGCCUUUUGUCAAUAUUAUUUGAUGAAUAUAGGAAUUUGUUUAUCGUUUGUGGUGGACUUGGAAGUAUACGAUCCUUUGAUGAACAUAUGGCAGAUUUAGAAGAAUUCGAGCACUCUGUAGAGGGAGCAGGCAUACUCCUGGAGUCUAUAAGAGCAUUCCCAGGGAGACCUCAUCCAUCAUUGUAUUUUCCAAGUUCCAGAGAAUCCAGUUUAAGUUCAACGUUUUUAAUGUGCGAUCGCACGGACGUUCUUAACCAUAUGGCGUACGACGAAUUAUUCGGAUUACCAAAAAGUUCACGUCAUGUUAUACCCAGAAUGAUGGACUCAACAGACAACAAUCAAUUUACACCUGGUUACUGUUCCCUUCCAACGUCUCUCCGUGAGAUGACGAUAAGUCACUCCAAUUCAGUAGUUCAAAUGAUAGAGAAAAGGAGGAACCAAUCUCAUUAUACUUUUGCUGGAAUUUGGAAAACCGAACAAAGAAUCGAAGAAAACACAAGUGAAAAAGAAGAAGAAAUUAAAAAUAAUUUUUCUUGUUCUGAAGACGAUUUUGAUCUUGGUUUUGACAGUAAUAUUAUGAAGGAUCAUUCAAAGAUUUGGAGAAAUGAAGCCAGCGAACAUAAUAUUGAAAGAAAACUGGAAUUUGAUGGCCUGGAAUCAAAUUACGAUAAACAACAUACACCAGAUGUCAUAGAACUACAGAGUAAUUUACAUGUCCGUUUUACAGAACAAGGAAAUUCUACAGCUGAAUCUGGUGACGUGGUACUUAAAAUCACGGAAGUUUCUGGGGAUACACAUUAUCAGUCUGGGCAUAGCUGUAAUUCAUAUGGAGAUUCUGGAAAAUCUUCCUCGUGUACAGAUCCAAAUUUAGAUUGUGUGAGUUCAACGACGGACGGAACUCUAACAGAAUCAGGGACUUAUAAUAUUGUAAGCCGAACAGGGAAGAAUUUGGAGAUAAAUAAAGAAAGAGGAUCGGAAUUCAAAUCGAAUAUAUCUUUAAGCAUUGACAUUUCUGACAAGCAUUCCAGAGAGUCAAAAGCUGAGAGUACAUCGGAUGGUGUCCAUAGUUUAUCAACAAUGAAAGCAGAAUCAACAGAAGAGAACUGUGAUAAAGACACAAAGAAAACUCUACCGGAUAAAAACGAACAGAAUGUACAUGUAACAGUUAACAAAACUCCAUCCUCGGGUGGUACUGAAAAAAGCCAAGACAAAGAAAUGAAAGUUACCAAGAGUAUGGAGUCGCCGAAAAGCACAAAUAACAGCAACGAAAGAAUAUUUGCCGCUGAGCGAAGUCAAGGAUCUCAAGAUGGUGACAGCUAUUGGGAUUUUUCCAAUAAUUCAUUGACAAAUAAAACGCUGGGUGGGUCAAAUUAUAAUAAACAAUAUGGGUCCAAAAAAACUGGAAACACAUGGGGCAAUUCCUGCUAUGACUAUAGCAGAUUCAACUUUUAUGAAUACAUACCUACAACAACUUACUUCACGUACCACACCAGAGCUAUGGAGGAUUUCGCUGAAGCCAAUGAUAUAGAACUCCAUGAUGUGGAAGCAGACGGCAACUGUAUGUUUCGCGCCGUCGAAGACCAGAUGAGAAUCAAUGCCGAGUUUGGACAAACUGCAAAAUCUCUUCGUCUGCGGGCUGUUAAGUACUUACGACAAAACCCGGAACAGGAAGACGGUAGUCACUUAAGGAACUUCCUCUCCACUAAAGAAACCUGGGAACAAUACCUGUGCAGAAUGGAAAGAAAUUCGUCUUGGGGUGACCAUUUAACUCUUAAAGCUAUUUCUGAAGCGUUUGGAACAACCAUCGUCGUUUUCAAUAUUGGCAAAGAUAUUCGUCGAACCGAACUUGUACCAACAGCUCCGGGAAAAUCAAGUGAUACUCAGUUUUUCCUUGGUCACAUUGGUGAAUAUCAUUAUCUUAGCCUGAGACCUAAAACGUGGGAGAAAACUUGGCCCAAGCGAGCUCAACUUUACCGUGAGAAGUGGAGCUACCAUCAACUACUUACUAAGUACAUCGAGGCAAAGCUGGACAAUAUUGAAUUGAAAAGAAAGAUUGCAAACUACGAAAAUGUUGUAAUGCAAAACAAAACGAUGCUGUCCAUUUUAAGUCCCCAGGGCGAUAUCAACGAUAAUGAGACGGAACCAACUCCAGCAGUACCCGUAAAUGAUCUUCCAAAUGGAUCUACCGACAAAGAAAUCUCUGAAGAUGAGGAAACACGGCUUAAUGAACAGUUGUCGAGGAUUCAAACACUUGUUGAGGAGCUUCCAGUCGGUUUUGUCUACAAAGGAUGGUUCACAAACGAAAAAAAUUAUCAUUAUCUUCUAGUGGUGGACCCCCUAUUCAUAGAUCCUGAAUGUGGAGUGCCCUUACCACAUCUGUCAUUUAUUUUGCGAUUCUGGAUGAAGGACAGUAUUCAACUUCCGGUCAACAUAGCUUUUCCUGGUACAUCUAAACCUGUUCCUGAUAAUUGCGUUAUUGAAUUUGCUGGGAGUUCUUGUGAUGCUAGCAACGCCUACCUACCGGACCGCACCGAAAAUGGCGCUUCAAACAUGUCAAGUCGGUUUCCGAGAGUGCCAAUGAAAAUUUUCUGUCGUAAAGACAUAAUUGUGAAGUUUAAGACCAAUGAAGAGAAGAAAGAAAAAGAAGUAUUUGUAGAUGAAAGCCAAACACAUCCCGGCUACUGCAGACUUCGUCCAAGUGUCGAAAGUAAUGAUCUCUGGGGAAGUCAGUUAUUCUACAUCGAGAACGACUGCUUCGUUGAACAGAGUGAUCCAAUUGAUUCAUCAGAUCUUCGUGAAUACCAUGGCUUUCAAAGCCACGAAUGGAUUCCUUCCAGAACUGAUUGGGCUACUCGUUCUCGGCCUUCUAUGUGGCCUUCCGAUGAAUUGAGAGAAAAAAUCCAAAACGCUGGAGUGAUCUUUAUCAACCGUCCUCACGCAUCUAGCCAGGCACCGAAUGUGGAGUGGCAAAUUAUUUUCUCUAAGGCAGAGAAGGAAAUUUUCCUCAAUGUAUUAUCCCCAUGUCAGAAACAAAACUACGAUAUCUUCAAAGUACUGGUUGAUUAUCAGACGAAACAUUGUAAAUUUCGUCUCACUCCUUCACACAUCAAGGCUGUGUUUCUGCGUGCAAUGGAGUGUGUCCCCCUCACGAGCUGGGAAAAUAAUAAUGGGGGUUGCUUACUUUACCUGUUGAAUCUCCUAUCUACUUUCUUAGAUAAAGGAGACAUUCCACAUUAUUUCAUUUCCGAAAAUAACAUGAUAGACCACGUUCCUGUAGAAUCCCUUCAAGAACUUAAGCUACAUGUUGAUACAAUUAGGCACUUUCCGAUUGAAGUUUUGAAAUUUUGUUUUGAAAAACAUGGCAUUAUUGGAACUGGUCUUUCGAAAGUCUUGGACGAUUUAGAUAGGUACAGAAUGAGUCCUGAUAUAUUCUGGACUGUAGAAAACGUUUUCUUGGUCGUCGUAGAGAUGUGGACUGCAAACUGUAAAGAUCAUUAUAACUUCAACAGAGCUUUAGAUUUGAUCUAUCAAGCAUAUCUAGUGAAUCAGGAUAUGGUUCAGCCCUGUAGCACUUCAAAUACUGAUAAUUUAGAGGCUUUCGUCUCAAAAGCUUUGGCUAGAUGGUCGGAUGUAGAAAGAUACAAAUUAUUUAGAAUGUUUGACGACAUGUAUCAUACAAAGCUGAGUAGUAUGAACCUAACGGAGGACACUGUUUUCAUUAAGAGUCUUCUUGAGGAAGAAAUAGAGUCCGAAUUUUGCAAUAUGCCAAUUCCCGUCCAUUCCGUAGGUAACAAAGGCCAGGAAGCGAAAUUACUGGAAGACAUUGCGACAACGUGCAACUUCUUGAAAAAAGACGAAGAAUCGUUGGUGUUUAUUAAAACAGCCAUUUCUCUUUUAAAGAAAGCACUGCAUGAGGAUAUUCUGGACGUGAGCGAGGUAGAAGACGCUACCUUAAAACAGGAAAUAGGAAGGAAAAAUUACAAACUAACAACAUCCUUAAACACAUCACUCGCUGGCUGCUACCAGAAACUUAGCACCUGUUGCGUUGCUUCGCAACAACAAGAAAUGAUGCAUCAGUAUAUGCCUGAAAUCGAAGCUCUGGCUGAAAGAAUGCCGAAAAUGCUUUCUUUCGUUGAGAAGAUGUGGACUCAACUUGGACAGGCAGAGAAAGGAAGGGAGUUCAAGAAGAAACACGGUGGUUUCCAGAAAAACAACUGGGGACAAAAUGAAUUUUAUGACGAUGAUAUCGACUAAAGUUACAAGCCAAAUAUCUUUAAAAGAAAUCAUGAUACUUCAGGAAUCAACUGGAAAAGACACAAGUCUAUAUUAUAUUAUAUUAUAUAACAUAGUGUAAUUAGUCGUUAAUUUUUCUAGUCUUAUCAGUUGAUAUGAUAUGACUUUUUGAAUGCAACUAAGCUUAUUUUUUUAAACAUUUUUUGCGUGUUCAAGGCUAAGUGCUCAAUUUUUUUUUAAUAUACACGUCGUGUCAUUUGAACAUAUAAUGAGUUAAUGAAUGGUUAAUUUUAAACAUCUCGUCAACGCUUUUUGCGUCAAUAUUUUUACAGGUAUUUUGUAUGCAUUCUUGAUCAAAGCUAGACAACUCGUACCUAAGAUUU